AUGGCUCCCAGUAUGUCCAAGGCGCUCAAGGACAAGGGUGACAAACCGACUGGGAAAAGCCUUGUCCUGAAGAAGCCGGCCGCCCUUGCAGUUCAGAAGAAGCCCUCGCUUAGCCUUGUCAGCCAGGUUCAGUGCGAGAUGAAGAACGAAGAAGAGAAGGACAAUCAGACCGAUGCGACUGGGCGAGACAAGGGGAAAGCGGUAAAAUACAACAAGAUGAAAGAUGAACUCCCGGCAUGGCUGGUGGACCUCAUUUACAGCCGCAAGUACCGCAAGUCGGAGGAGGAGGCGAUGGCAGAAAGCUUGAUGCUCGGACUUUAUUUUCAGGGCAACCAGCAGCGGUUCGACAGGGCGGCCGAAAAGGGGGAGAUCAUCAAAGUCAAGACCGAGAACGACGGCGGAACCGAUGUUCAGUUCUGGGCCUUUCGGAAGUUCGUCGUUGGUCAAGAGGACGGCAAGACGUCUUCGCACAGUACAAGCGGAUCGCGAAAGCUCAGCGGCAGCGACCUGAGUGCAUUGAGGGCUGCUUUCAAGAGUCUCAAUUGGUCGUUUGAUGUCUACUCCAACGACGAAGUGAUCGGCAAGGAUGGUUGGUCCAGCAAUGCAGCACACCUCCUGGACCAGGCCCGAAGCGCUUUGGAGAAGCUGAGCAAAGACGCCAGGGCCCUCAUCAACAGCUGGAAGGGAGAUGCCGACAUGCUGGCUGAGAUGAAGAAGGGCUACUCCAAGGCAUUGCAGCACUCCAACGAAAUGAGCCACAUGAAUGAUCUGCAAUCCUUCUCGGACGGAACAGCUGUUACGAAGGACAAUUUUCUGCCAUUCAUGAAACGAGUGGCGAUGGACGUCGAGGCCUUCAACAUCACUUUUCAGAAGGUCUUCACAGAUGUCGUGCCCGAAAUCAAGGAAAGCAAAGAUGAUAUCAUGAACAGUCGUUUGGCGGAUCAUCUUUUGGAUAAGUGGUCCUGGGGCGAAAUGAGUGCCCAAGAUAUCCAAGCCAUAGCAGCUUUGUGUGUGGAAGACUACGAGAUGCACAGGGACUUGACAGUGCUCAGGAAGAUCGGCGAGGCUGGUAUGCACGGUUUCUACUCCAACAAGGUGUAUCAAGCAGUACACAAGAUUGCUGCUCAAGGCAUUCAUAUUCCACGACCGUCUUUGUACAAGAUCCCCUUCAAGAGCCCUUGGGACAUGCUCUUGCAAGCUAUGAUGCUACCCCACAUACUUUUCUCAUGCAUUUAUUCAAGCUACCCAGCCACGUGGAAGAAAUCCAUUUGUCCGAGUGUGGAAACAUUGGAGCAGUUUUGGAAUGCUAUGUUGGAGAGCAAGAACCCCAAUGUUACAAGUGCCAUCACAAGAAAGAAGAAUUGGAAGCAGCGGUGUAUACCACUUGCCUGUCACGGGGACUCCCCCCAAGGGCGAAAAGCCGGCAAACAGAUCGCUGGCGGAUUCUGCGGCACUUUAUUUUCCGUGGUUGGUGACCUCGAUUACUAUGCGAGUGUAUUGGACCUGCCACGGUCGACAUCGGCAUCGUCACCGUGCUGUAGGUGCCAGGCGACGAAAUACGGACACUUGAGCUGGCAAAACUACCACCCUAAUGCACCGUGGAAAGCCACGGUGUACAGUCCCAGUUCCUGGCGGGGGCUGCCAGCUGCGGAAAAGUCCACCUGCCCACUCUUUCAUAUGAGUUCCACCAGCAUCUGCAAUUUGGGGUUUGACUACAUGCAUUGCAAGUAUUUGGGGCAGGACAGAAAGCUGUACUCCUCCGUCCUUUUCCUUUUGGUUUUUUAUGUGCUCAAUCUCGGCAGCCCAGAGGCGAACAUGGACUGGGUUUGGUCGCAAAUCCAGAUCCACUACCGAACCUUUGGUACGGAAUCGCGGUUUCUUUACCUGAACAAGGUCUCAAUGUUUUUCAGGGCCAAGGUCCGUGCUUUGGGCCUUCGAGGCAAGGCGGCCGAGGUUCGAUCUUUGGCGAAGCCGCUAUUCUUGAUAUGGGCGAGCACAAUGAAUCACUCCGUCGAGCUUCACCGGAAAGUCCAUUUGCUCUUGAAAUUGAACAACAAGCUGGAGGAGAUUUUGGCGGAGAACAAGUUCCAGUUCACCUUGUCAGCAGCAGAUGCCGCCGCUUUUAGGGACUCAAUGAAUGGAUUUUUACUUCUGCAAGAGCAGCUGUCCCAACACUUCAGCAACAGCAACCAUGAUCCACCCCUCUUCUCCACGACGGAGAAGUGUCACUUCUUGCAGCACAUUGCACUGGAGUCUCGGAGCAUAAACCCACGUCUUCUAUGGUGUUUCUCUGGCGAGGACUUUCAGCGACGGGUUCAAAGAAUAACUGCAGCUUGCGCAAGAGGGCAAAAGCCAGGGCAGGCCGAGGUGAAGAUGUGCCAGCGAUACCGAAUCGCACUCCACCUCCGUUUCCGAAAGCAUGAGCUGUGA